AUGCCGGCCAGCGCCCCUCCGUGCACCCCGCGGCCUCAGCUGUUGCUGCUGCUGCUGCUGGCCCUGAGCGGCCGCUGCCUGCGCGCCGAGCCCGGCGACGGCGCGCAGACCUGGGCCCGCUUCGCGCGCCCUGCGUCUCCGGAGGCUGCAGACCUGCUCCACGACACUUUCCCCGACGGCUUCCUCUGGGCGGUGGGCAGCGCCGCCUACCAGACCGAGGGUGGCUGGAGGCAGCACGGCAAGGGCGCAUCCAUCUGGGACACGUUCACUCAUCACUUUCCGGGGACCCUGGGCGAUCCCCCGACAGCUGAUCUGCCGUCGGGCGCUCCAUCACCUCCCCCGCCCGCCACAGGGGACGUGGCCAGCGACGGCUACAACAACGUUUUCCGAGACACAGAGGGGCUGCGCGAUCUUGGAGUCACCCAUUACCGCUUCUCUAUCUCGUGGGCGCGGGUGCUCCCCAAUGGCAGCGCGGGAGCCCCCAAUCGCGAGGGGCUACGGUACUACCGGCGCCUGCUGGAGCGGCUGCGGGAGCUGGGCGUGGAGCCCGUGGUCACCCUGUACCACUGGGACCUGCCCCAGAGCCUGCAGGACGCUUACGGCGGCUGGGCCAACCGCGCCCUGGCGGAACACUUCAGGGAUUAUGCCGAGCUCUGCUUCCGCCACUUCGGUGGCCAGGUCAAAUACUGGAUCACCAUCGACAACCCCUACGUGGUGGCCUGGCACGGCUACGCCACCGGACGCCUGGCCCCAGGCGUCCGGGGCAGCCCGAGCCUUGGGUACCUGGUGGCGCACAACCUUCUUCUGGCUCAUGCCAAAAUCUGGCAUCUCUACAACACUUCUUUCCGUCCAACUCAGGGAGGCCAAGUGUCCAUCGCCCUCAGCUCUCACUGGAUCAAUCCUCGAAGAAUGACAGACCAUAACAUCAAAGAAUGUCAAAAAUCCCUUGACUUCGUACUAGGCUGGUUUGCCAAACCCAUAUUUAUUGAUGGUGACUAUCCUGAGAGCAUGAAGAAUAACCUUUCAUCUCUUCUGCCUGAUUUUACCGAAUCUGAGAAAAGGCUCGUCAAGGGAACCGCUGACUUUUUUGCUCUUUCCUUUGGACCAACCUUGAGUUUUCAACUAUUGGACCCGCACAUGAAGUUCCACCAAUUAGAAUCUCCCAACCUGAGGCAACUCCUUUCUUGGAUUGACCUCGAAUAUAACCACCCUCAAAUAUUUAUUGUGGAAAAUGGCUGGUUUGUCUCAGGGACCACCAAGAGAGAUGAUGCCAAAUACAUGUAUUACCUCAAAAAGUUCAUCAUGGAAACCUUAAAAGCCAUCAGGCUGGAUGGGGUCAAUGUCAUCGGGUACACGGCGUGGUCCCUCAUGGAUGGUUUCGAGUGGCACAGAGGCUACAGCAUCAGACGUGGACUCUUCUAUGUCGACUUUCUGAGCCAGGAUAAGAAGCUGUUGCCGAAGUCUUCAGCCUUGUUCUACCAAAAGCUGAUAGAGAAAAAUGGCUUCCCUCCUUUACCUGAAAAUCAACCCCUAGAAGGGACAUUUCCCUGUGACUUUGCUUGGGGAGUUGUUGACAACUACGUUCAAGUGGACACCACUCUCUCUCAGUUUACUGACCCCAAUGUCUACCUGUGGGAUGUUCAUCACAGUAAGAGGCUUAUUAAAGUGGACGGAGUGAUGGCCAAGAAGAGGAAAUCCUACUGCGUAGAUUUUGCUGCCAUCCGGCCCCAGAUCGCCUUACUCCAGGAAAUGCACAUUACGCAUUUUCACUUCUCUCUGGACUGGGCCCUGAUCCUCCCUCUGGGCAACCAGUCCCAUGUGAACCACACGGUCCUGCACUUCUAUCGCUGCGUGGUCAGUGAACUGGUCCGCGCCAACAUCACGCCGGUGGUGUCCCUGUGGCACCCCGCGGCCCCCCACCAAGGCCUGCCGCGUCCGCUGGCCAAGCAGGGCGCCUGGGAGAACCCCCGCACCACCCUGGCUUUUGCAGAGUAUGCCAGACUGUGCUUUCAAGAGCUCGGUCACCACGUCAAGUUUUGGAUCACGAUGAAUGAGCCCGACACGCGCAAUAUGACGUACCGGGCGGGGCAUCACCUUCUGAAGGCCCAUGCGUUGGCUUGGCACGUGUAUGAUGAAAAGUUCAGACCUGCUCAAAAGGGCAAAAUAUCCAUAGCCUUGCAGGCGGAUUGGAUAGAACCCGCGUGCCCUCUGUCCCCAAAGGACAAAGAAGUGGCCGAGAGGGUUUUGGAAUUUGACAUUGGCUGGCUGGCCGAACCCAUUUUCGGCUCUGGAGAUUACCCACGCGCGAUGAGGGAAUGGCUGAACCAAAGGAACAAUUUUCUUCUACCUUAUUUCACCGAAGAGGAAAAAAAGCUGAUCCAGGGUUCCUUUGACUUUCUGGCUUUCAGCCAUUACACCACUAUACUUGUAGACUGGGAGAAAGAAGAUCCCCUAAAAUACAACGAUUACCUUGAGGUGCAAGAAAUGACUGACAUCACCUGGCUCAACUCCCCCAGCCAGGUGGCUGUGGUGCCCUGGGGCUUGCGCAAAGUGCUGAACUGGCUGAAGUUCAAGUACGGAGAUCUCCCCAUGUAUAUAAUGGCCAAUGGCAUUGAUGAUGAUCCCCAGGCCGAACAAGACAAGUUGAGGAUGUAUUACAUACAGAAUUAUGUAAAUGAAGCUCUGAAAGCCUACGUGUUGGAUGGUAUCAAUCUUUGUGGAUACUUUGCUUAUUCAUUUAACGAUCGCUCGGCUCCGAAGUUUGGCCUCUAUCGAUAUGCAGCAAAUCAGUUUGAGCCCAAACCGUCCAUGAAGCAUUACAGGAAAAUUAUUGACAACAAUGGUUUCCUGGGUCCCGAAACACUGGAAAGGUUCUGCCCGGAAGAAUACACCAUGUGUACUGAAUGCAGUUUUUUUCACACACGGAAGUCUUUACUGGCUUUCAUCGCUUUUUUGCUUUUUGCUUUUAUUAUCUCUCUUUCCCUUAUUUUUUACUACUCUAAGAAAGGCAGAAGAAGUUACAAAUAG